GCUAAAGUGGGAAGCGUUGAAGUUGGGAUCUUGCGAAAGGUCGAGAUGGCCUCAACGGUGUCGUGGACGAUUGGCCUGCUCAAGCCCGACAUUGCGACCGGCUUCAAGGUCGUCGUCGGCCCCGACGGCCUCGUGGAGGUACCGCCCGGCAGCGGCAAGGUCGUGGACGACGUCCUGAAGCGGAUCAAGGAUGAAGGCUUCGUCGUCGAGGCGAAGCGGCUCGUCGUGCUAACGCGCGCGCAGGUCCGCGAGAUGAUGCGUGACCGCUGGGAAGAGCCAACGUUUGAAGAUACCCUUGCGUUCAUGACCAGCGGGCCGUGUAUGGCGCUCCUCCUCGCUCGCGAGCAAGCUGUCGAGUACUGGAACACCGUCAUGGGCCCUGCCGACCCCGUCGCGGCCAAAAAGGUGGCGGCAGCCAAGCCGCCGCUGCGAGCGCUCCACGGGUCGUCCUUGCUGCGCAAUGCGUUCUACGGCAGCGCCACGGCGGCCUGCGCGGUGCGGGACAAGGAUGUUUUGUUUCCGCCGGCGCGACCGCGCAUGGAUCGGGCGCUCGUAUUGCUCAAGCCGUCGGCGACGGGCUUUCUCGAUGCGAUCAGCGCCUUGUUGGAGUUGCACGCCUUGUAUGUUCUCGACCAAAUCGACACGGUGCUGGACGACGAUGACGUUGCGCUCAUUGCAGCGUAUCCCGACGACGGAGCCUACAUGAGCGAGCUCGGCAGCGUCGCCAAAGAAGGCCGGAGUCGCAUUCUGAUCGUGGAAGGUCUCGAGGCGACAACCAAGCUGGCGCUUCUCCUCGGGCCCCUCGACCCCACGGAGGCGAAGCAGUUCUUUCCUCAGAGCCUCAGAGCGCGCAUGGGCUCGUCCGUCGUGCACAACGUCCUCGACGUCCUAUCUCCGAGCGCGCUCACCAAGUGGUUCCCCGGCUUCGCUGCCCUUCUCCCAGAGACGACGUACGCCAUGAUCAAGCCCGGCGCGUCAUUCGAGACCAUCGCCGCCAUCCAGUCGCGGAUUCGCGAACUCGGUUUCGAAAUCCAAGCUCAGGCAACGCAGCACUGGAGCCGCGAGGACGCCAUGGCGUUCUACGCCGAGCACGAGGGUAAACCCUUCUUUCCGACGCUCAUCGCGUACAUGUCGAGCGGCCCGAUCGUGGCGAUGAUGCUGUCGCGGGUCAAGGCGAUCACGAUGUGGCGCAAGUGCAUGGGCCCGACCAACUCGGCGACUGCGCGAGCGUCGAGUCCGCAGAGUCUCCGCGCGCGCUUUGGCAUCGAUGGCACGCGAAACGCAACGCACGGCAGCGACUCGGUCCCGAGCGCCUUGCGAGAGCUCCGCCUCGUCUUCAAGGCCUCGAUUCUGUCGCUGGCGCCGCUCAAGAGCAGCGUCCUCGCGCAGAAGCUCGGCGCAUUCCAAGCCGAAACCACCACUUUGCACGAUGCGCUCGCAAAGGGACUGACGCUGCUUUGCCAAGUGCAGCCGCAGCUGCCGCCGCUCGACGCCGCUGAGUGGCUCGGCAAGUACCUCAUUCGCCAAGCACUUCAUCGCGACGAGAGCGAGGGCAACAACGAACCGUCGUAUGACGCGCCGUCGUCGUCGACAGUCGCCCAGCCCAAGGAACUUCACGUACCAUCCUUGAGCAGUCUGCAUCUCGUGGCCUUUUAUGGUCCGUCGCCGCAGCGCUCGGCCAUGGCGACUGCCAUUGCAGCGCAAUACAAGUACCUUUACAUGGACUUGAACCUUGUGCUGGACAAGGCGCCGCCGGGCUUGGACCUCAUCGCAGUGCUCGUCAAGGCCUUCAAGCGAUGCACGUCCAAGCGCGUGCUUUUAGACAACUGUCCGGCCGACCUCGGCUUUUACCUCGCCUUUCAAAAGGUCGUCGCCGAGUUUGCCUGGGUCAUGUACGUGAGCGACGACGGCGCGUUCACGCCAAGCCCCGACGAACAUGACUUUUUCGACCUCUUUGAGCGGUUUGGCCAGCUGCACAUGGCAACGGCGCACGAUGCGCCCAACCCCGCAUAUCUUUUGGACCUACACGACGCCUUUGCACCGACACUCGUCUUCGUCCACGAGGGUCCCCGUGCGGCGCUGCCGAUAGCACAGUGGCAUGCGAUUGGCGCCUUCCAUGGCUGGACGGUACUCGACUGGGACGACCUCGUGCGCACCCAACUCAAGCGCGAAGCACGGCGAUCCCAGCCAGUGCUCGGACCGUUUGUCGAAACGGGGGAGCAGAUUCCGCAGCAGCUGCUGCUCUCGCUGUUUGACGCGAGUGUGACAGGCCCUCGGUGCCUGCUGUUGCACCUCCCCGUCUUCACGCGCAACGAAACCUUUCUAAGCGCGCUCCAGUGUCACGUUGGCGCGACGCCGCACCCCCUCGUGCUCGUUUUGGACACGGAGCCGCUCGACAGUCCGAUGCGCGCAUCAAGUGCCUUUGAGAAGCAGUGCCUCGGACUCGGUCGGCUGUACCACCAGUGGCUGCCGGGUCCGACGUCCUUGGAACAUCUCUGCACUGUACUGGCGCCGCUCUUGGCACCCGCAGUGGGCGUGCUCUCGAUGGACCUGCCGUGGGCGAAGGACGCAGCCAGAACUCGCGGCUACACGGUCUUGAACGUCAAAGAUGUCUUGCGUGCCGAGGUGCUCAAGCGGUCGCUGGACGGAGAGGCCAUCGAAGCCCAUGUCGCACACAACGAGCCUGUCCCCGACGCCUUGGUGCUUGCAGUCUUGCAGCGGUACUUGGCUCAAAAACAAAAUCGCCAAGUGCUUCUGGAAGCGUUUCCCCAAACCAGCGCGCAGGCGGCGUCGAUGCUUGGCGUGCUCGCAUCCACACCCGCCUUUGUGCUCCAGGCAGCGUCCGAGACCUUGGUGCCCGAGGCCAUGGCGCCGUUGGCAGCCGGUGCGGCUAUCGUCACCGUCGAGGGACCCAACGACGCUAUCGUCUUGUCAACCUUGUGCCAAUGGUCCGUCUCGAUUGUGCUUGGCGACUUUGACCUGAGCGACGUGGAGACUGCAGCGCUCCAAGCGCGCCUGCCGCGUCACCUCGUGCUGCAUAUGAACGACAUUACGGCGUCGAUGCGCGCGUACGCCUCGGGCGACGUCGUUUCGCUUCUUUGCUUUCUCCUGCGGCGACGCGUGGGCAAGCAAGUCCUGCUCGUCGGGUUUCCGCGGUCGCUCGCCGAGGCCGAGCAAUUCGAAGCGGUUGGCUGCCCGAUUGAGAACGUCUUUGUGCUGCACCGCAAGGUACGCGUGGUGCCACACGAGCCGACGGACGAGGACUACUACUCGUCCGACGAAGACGAGCGCGCGCGCAAGAAGAACGCGCCCGAGCCCGAGUUUGACAAGCUCCUGCGCCACUUUGCCGGACCACGGCUGCGACCCUUGACAUUUGUACACUUGCCCCGCGUGUACGCGCCCAUUAGCGACGCGAUCCGGCCGCGCGUCGUGCUCGCGAUCGGCCACGAUGUGGUCGCCCCUCUAUCGCUCGCGGUCGCCACGUCGCAUCACGCAGUGCAUUUGCACGUGCCGCAUCUCCUCGAAGUGCACGCGCGCGCCUUCUCGACGCCCGCGGCUGUUCAAGACUCGGCCCUCGUAGCGCAGCUGCUGCGCGAGGCCCUGCGCCAACGCAUCGCGCACGUCGUUGUCGUGACGGGGUACCCGCGGGUCGUUGGCGUCACCAAGCCGUACGUUCAGGAGCAGCUUGCGAUCGUUUCAACCGCGGUGGGCCCCUUGCGCAAGCUCUUGCAUCUCACGUGUUCGGCCAACGCGCUGCUUGAGCGCUGCGGGGGCGACAUGCGCCUCGUGCACGCGCGCGCGGAUGAGUUUGCACUCGAGUUUGCCCCGCUGCUGCACUACUGUCGCCGCAACGAGACGCUGCCGGUGGUUGAAAUUCCGGCCGAUGGGGCCACCGAGGCCGUCGCCGUCGCCGUGCGCAGCCACGUGCUCGAGUGACUUGUACAUAAACGAGAAAAUGGAUGAUCGAAUCGCAAAAUGGAUGAUUGAAGCGCA